GAGACAUGUGUCACGCUUUCGCUCAUGCUUAUGUUUCGCCUACCAAUCCCACCUCAUCAUGCACAUUGUUCCUACGAUCUGAACGAGCGCACUGACACUACGAUCAUCCAGCAUCUCUCCAGCACACAUUCAUCUUCCGUGGAUCUGCUCGCGGCCGGAGAGAACUGGAGAGCUGGACAGAAUAAAUAACCGUAGCUUUGCGCGAGUCAUUAUUUAAUUUUCCGACAUUAAACGGUUUCAAGACCUACGAGUCGUCGUUAUAAAAUAUGUUUCUGCGCGUGGAGGCAAUGUUUUAAAGCUAAUACUGGCGCGCGCGCUUCGCUUUAAAUGAGCUCAGAUUGGAGAGCCACUGGGAAACGAAGCAAGGAUUUGACUUGGACUACGAAAUCGGAGAGCUCCAGCUACUGUGUUGGAUCAGAGACAACGUCUGCGGCUUCCGGGCCAUGAGUGGUUUUAAGGGCCAGGAUGUGGAAAAACAAGGCAUCAAGCUGCCAAAAAAAUGGACUGAUCCCAAUGAAAAAAUCCCCACAGACCGUACGAUGGUUGUUAGGGGAGUUCUGGGAGGUGGUGAUGCUUCCGAUCCCACUGGGGGUCCGUUCAGAAAAAGGCGUCAGCGCUAUGUGGAAAAGGACGGCAAGUGCAACGUCCACCAUGGAAACGUGCGUGAAACCUACCGUUACCUGACGGACAUCUUCACCACACUUGUAGACUUAAAGUGGCGCUUCAAUCUGCUGGUCUUCACGCUGGUCUACACCACCACCUGGGUGUUUUUUGGCUUCAUCUGGUGGCUCAUCGCCUACACCCGUGGAGAUCUGGACCACGCUGAUGACAAUGAGUGGACGCCGUGUGUGAAUAACCUCAAUGGCUUCGUCUCUGCGUUUCUUUUUUCCAUCGAGACUGAGACUACCAUUGGUUAUGGGUACCGCGUCAUAACAGACAAAUGCCCUGAGGGCAUCAUCUUGCUUCUAGUGCAGGCCAUCUUGGGCUCCAUCGUCAAUGCCUUCAUGGUGGGCUGCAUGUUUGUCAAAAUCUCACAGCCAAAGAAACGUGCUGAAACUCUCAUGUUUUCCAGCACAGCUGUGAUAUCCAUGCGGGACAGCAAGUUGUGUUUGAUGUUUCGUGUGGGGGACUUGCGUAACUCACACAUAGUGGAGGCCUCCAUCAGGGCCAAGCUCAUCCGCUCUAAGCAGACAAAGGAAGGAGAGUUCAUCCCCCUAAACCAGACGGACAUCAACGUGGGUUUUGACACGGGGGACGAUCGCCUGUUCCUGGUUUCGCCGCUGAUUAUUUGCCAUGAGAUCAACAAGAACAGCCCCUUCUGGGACAUCUCUCAGGAGCAACUGGCACGAGAAGAGUUUGAAAUAGUGGUCAUUCUGGAAGGAAUGGUGGAGGCCACAGGAAUGACAUGUCAAGCCCGAAGCUCGUACCUGAAUUCAGAAGUGCUUUGGGGAGAACGUUUCACCCCUGUGCUCUCGCUGGAGGAGGGAUUUUACGAGGUGGAUUAUGACACGUUCCACCACACCUACCCUGCACCAACCCCUUCCUGCUCCGCUCGCGAGCUAGCAGAACUGGCAAAGAAAGGGGAAGCUAUACCUUUGCCCCCUAUUUCACCUCCAGCAACCCUGGGAGAGCCCCCAAGCCCAGAGGAGAUGACCAAGGCAGAAGAAGAAGAAGAAGAAUCAGAAGACACUGUUAGCAAUGGUGAUGUCAACAGAAUGGAGUGUGUGCAAGAAUAAGUUAACACAUUGCAAUCUGAAAUCUUUUGCUGCCUCUUUGUGGCAGACGGAAAUAUACGGAGACACAAAAACUCAAUUCAGCCACAUAACCUGAGGAAUAGUUUCAAAUCUAUAGACCUAUAGGUCUUCAUUUUGUCAUUGACCCCAUGCUGGUACUGUUAACUCUGUUCAAGAAUAGAACGAAAGUGCAUAUGGUAAAGUUUUUAAACUUCAGGCGCAAAACUGCUUAAAUCAGCUUGAAUCUAUCAGCUUGAAUUGAAAUGCAGUUUAUUUUAAUAAGAUGUAUAUAUUUGUAGCUUUGUACUGUGAGUGCUUAACAUGCUACUGAGCUUGCAUCAUUGCUGUUGAGGUUUAUAAGUAUUUCUGAAUCCAGUUUAUAUAUAGAGAUUAAGAUUUAUUGUUUCAGAUGGUGCUUAUUGCUACACUGCAGCAUUUUAUGAAGCUUGUUUCCACUACAGGAUAACAAAAACAAAACAUAAAUUGGGGAAUUGCGAAUUUAUCUCACACAACUUUUUAUCUUGCAAUUCUGAGAAAGAAAAAAAAAGGUAUAAACUUGAAAUUCUGCAAACAAACAAAAAAUAUUCCAUGAAAAGAUAAUAUAUGGAAACUUGUUUCUGCCAAGGGAUAAAAAAACAAAAUUAAAAAGGUAAUUUUGACCUUUGAUUUGACCUUUUUUGUUCUCAAAGUUCUAAGAAUAUAAACUGAGAAUUACGAUAUAUAAACUCAUAAUUCAGAUGGGAAAAAAUAAUUUUGAGAUGUAGUGAGAUAAAUGUCUCAAUUGCUUUUUUCCUUUCAUUUUUUCUUUUCGGGGUUAAAAAAAACUGAAUUCCGAGGUGGAAACUUGUAAUAGCGAGGGGGAAAAAAAUCUGAAUUAUGACUUUUUUUUCUCAGUAUUCCAAGAAAAAUGUUUUGUGAAUUGUGAGAUAGCUGCAAUUUCUUUACAUUCAAUUUCUUUACAUUUUUUAUCUCAUGACAGAAACAGCUUAGUAUUUUCUGUGUGAAACUGCUGGUAAAAAGCAAACAAACAAACAAAAAUGUUGUUCAUUUUUCUUUUCGUAAUGAAGGACAUCGAUUACCUAUAAAGGACGUUUUGAAUAUUCAUAGAUUAUGCUUUAAAUUGCACAUCCUCUAUGGAACUAUACACACAUGCUGUUUAGAAUAUAAUUUCUGUAACGAGGAGAUUUCUUUGUUAGCAAACAGUGACCACACAAACUACUACUGACGGAUGGUAUGAGUGAGAUUUACCAAAGGGUUAAUGGUGGGAAAUCAUUAUUUUAUUUCUUCAAUUGACGGAUAUGUAACACACAAACACUAAAACUGGGAUAUUAACACCCAACAAACAGAACGUAAUUGUUGCUUGUUUAUCUUAAAUUUAUGAAAUGUACUGUAGCUACUAGCCAAUUUGGUAUUUUUAUUCAUUUUCCAUAUCUUCUGUCUAUCAUUAAUAUUUCUGUUUGAGAAACAACCUCACUCUUAUUUAUAGCUCUUCUUUCGUGUUUUGUUAUUUUUUUAAACACCAGAUUUCAUAAAAUGUUUGUUUUCUUUUGCAAUAAGUGAAUA